AUGUCUCUGGCCCUGAUGGCCGUGUGCGGGGCCUUUGCCUACACCGAGAAAGCGCUGCCGCAAGCAGCAGGUCCAGCAGAGAAGCGAGCGGACUACAACAGCUUCCUGAUGAUCCAGAACAUUCUCUGCUUCGCGUCCGGGUACGUGAACGCCCUGGCCAUCAUCGACAUGGGCAUGACCGUCUCGCACCAGAGCGGCAACACCAGCCACACGGGACGUCUCAUCCUGAACGGGGGGGCCAAGUUCUUUCACUUGAUGCUGUCCUUUGGCGCCGGAUCCUUCGUGGCUGGAUACAGCAAGUGUGACCAGGAGGCAGUGUACCAGGGUCGCUACUCACCCAACUUGUUGGCCGCAGCCUUUGCCGUCGUGUUCGGCUGCAUGGUUCACUACUGCAAGGCUGAGGCUGGCGUCGCGAACGAUGCCGCCUCCGAGUGCUUGCUGCUGUGGGCCUUUGCGCAGGGCAUCCAGAACGGCAUCACGCGAAGAUGCAGCUCCCUGCCGAUCUGCACCACGCACUUCACCGGCUACCUCACCGACUUCGGCGUCGGCCUGGGUCUGUGGGCACGUGCGCAGGCGGACGGCGCCGAGCCGUCUACCCUGCUGAAGGUCCUCCUCUUCGGUGCCGGCAUCUUCUUCUUCGGCCUUGGUGGCGUGGCGGCCAUGGAGACCCAUCCUAUCUGGGGCGCGCAGGCAGCACUGAUCCCCGCCGCCAUCAUGGCGGCCGUGGCCGGUGGCCUCAUCCCCGUCAUCAAGACGCCCGCGAAGACCGCCGCCUAA